CUUGUCCUUCCUUAGUAGGUACACCUCCCAGCGACACACUCGUUCGUUCCCCUCCCGGCGCAUCGCAUCGCGGGCCAGAAGAUGGGAUGAGCCGCAACAUGUCUGGAGCUCCCCAGCACGACUACGCCUUUGCCUCUGCAUCUUCGUCCUCCCUCUCGCCUGUGCCGGCCAACACGCCGCCCUCGGCCGACGACGACCGAGCCGACCUCGACUUCCUCGUCGGCGACGAUGCGCGUCAUGGCGACAACGAUGACGACGAUGACAAUGUACUCGCCGACGACCCAAUUCGCCAAGAGCUCAACACACCGCUGUCGUUCAAGCGCAGGCAGAAGCCGUCCUUCUUUUCUGCGCCCUCGCGGUUCUUCUCUGCUUUCGCAAGCGGCAGUGGCUCGGGCGGUUCGCAGCACAUUGGGCCCUCGCCUCAGCGACACCAAACCCCCAGCGUGCCCUCCCUUGCGAUAGGCCAGUCGCACCGGUCGUCCGACACGACAAACCUCAACAUCGCGAGCAAGGAUGGCAUGCCGCUGGACUGGUACGCCGAGGGCCCUGGGCGGCGCGUUGGCUACGAGGACCUGACAGCCAUCGACUGGAUCUUUGAAUACACCAAGGAGCGCCAGCGCCUCCGUGUGCUCGCUUCGAGCGCCAGCGGGCUGAUGGGGUACAUUCAGCACCUGCUUGACGCCAGCCAAAUCUGGGUUAUCCUCAUCCUCACAGGGCUGCUCGUCGGCGCCAUUGCUGCCGCGAUCGACGUGACUACGGACUGGCUCGGCGACCUCAAGCUGGGCUUCUGCUCCAGCGGACCCGAAGGCGGACACUUCUAUCUCAACAAGGGCUUCUGUUGCUACGGGUACGACCAAGGAUCCAAAUGCCUCGGCUGGAAGACGUGGGGCGAUGCCCUGAGCGUGCAUUCUGCAGGCGGCAAGUGGUUUAUUGGAUACAUCUUCUUCCUCCUAUUUUCCGUUUCGUUGGCAUACUGUGCUGCGCUACUUGUGAAAGAGUAUGCUAUAUACGCCAAGCACAGCGGCAUCCCCGAGAUCAAGACCGUGCUUGGAGGCUUCGUCAUACGCCGCUUCUUGGGGACCUGGACGCUGAUAACCAAGUCUCUCGGGCUAAUCCUGGCCGUUGGCUCGGGCAUGUGGCUCGGCAAAGAAGGCCCUCUUGUUCACGUUGCCUGCUGCUGUGCCAACCUCUUCAUCAAAUUAUUUGGCAACAUUCGAAACAACGAAGCUCGGAAGCGCGAGGUUCUUUCUGCUGCAGCAGCUUCAGGUAUUUCCGUAGCUUUCGGAUCACCAAUUGGCGGUGUUUUAUUCAGUCUCGAGCAACUCUCGUACUACUUCCCAGACAAGACGAUGUGGCAAAGCUUUGUAUGCGCCAUGACUGCGGCCGUUGCCCUGCAAGCUUUUGACCCGUUUCGCUCUGGCAAACUUGUCAUGUAUCAGACCAAGUACCACACCGACUGGCAUGGAUUUGAACUCAUUCCCUACGCAAUUUUGGGUAUCUUAGGCGGCGUAUAUGGUGGUCUUUUCAUCAAAGCGAACAUGACCGUUGCCCGCUGGAAGAAGGCCCGGCCUUGGCUUCCAGGCCCAAUUGCCCAAGUCCUCCUGGUGGCACUGUUGACGGCUCUUGUCAACUACCCCAACUUUUACAUGAAGCUCCAGACCUCGGAGCUCGUCUCAAACCUCUUUUCUGACUGCUCGCAACUCCUGGAUGAUCAAAUUGGACUCUGCAAAAAAGGGGCGGCAUCGGCUAGCACCAUCAUCCUCCUCGUUUUUGCCUCUGUCCUGGGCUUCUUCCUCGCCUGCAUCACAUUUGGUCUCCAGAUUCCUGCAGGCAUAAUCCUGCCGUCCAUGGCUAUCGGUGCGCUCACCGGCCGCGCCGUCGGCAUCAUCAUGGAGAUCUGGGUAACCAACCACCCCAAAUUUUUCGUCUUCGCUUCGUGCGAGCCUGAUGCCCCAUGCAUCACGCCCGGAACGUACGCCAUCAUUGGCGCUGCCGCAGCCCUCGCCGGCGUGACUCGCAUGACGGUCUCCAUUGUCGUCAUCAUGUUUGAACUUACGGGUGCGCUGACAUACGUCUUGCCCAUCAUGAUUGCCGUCAUGAUCUCCAAGUGGGUUGGUGAUGCCUUCUCCCGCCGCGGAAUCUACGAGUCCUGGAUACACUUCAACGAAUACCCAUUCCUUGACAACAGCGAAGAAAUGAUCAUCCCCGACAUCCCCGCCUCUCAGAUCAUGACUCGCAUUGAGGACCUGGUCGUCCUUACCGCUACUGGGCAUACCAUCUCGUCUUUGAAUUCGAUCCUUGAGAUGCAUCCAUACCGUGGAUUCCCCGUCAUCUCUGAUCCUCGCGACGCGAUUCUCCUUGGCUACAUCUCUCGCGCCGAACUCAGCUACAACAUCCGCACCGCGUCUCACCCACCGCGUUCAUUGCCCCCGGAGACGGAGGCCUUCUUCUCUCACCAGCCCCUAGCCGACCCGCGGACGACACUGGACCUGCGCCCCUGGAUGGACCAGACACCGCUCACGCUGCCCUCGCGCACGAACCUGCACCUGGUCGUCUCAUAUUUCCAGAAACUCGGUCUGCGCUACGUUCUCUUCAGCGAUCGCGGCGUCCUCCAGGGCCUCCUGACGAAGAAGGACGUCUGGUACGUCCUCAACGGCGCCGACGAGACGCGCCGCACCGGAGGUGCGGCCCCAUCGCACACGGCUGGAGCCGGGGCCGGGGCUGGUGGGCGGCGUAACAACCCCACGCGGGAAGACGGGCCACGCGAGGAGAGGGGCUUGCUGCGCGCCGGCGACGGCCUGGAUGAUGACGACGCUGAGAGCAUACGAGAGGAGGAUCGCGCAUCGAUAUUAUAAUAGAUGGGGGGCGGCUGCCGUUGCGGACUCUUAGUAGCGCGGGAAUUGCUACGCAACAUUUUAGAUUUGGGGCUCUGAAGCAUCCUUGUACGAGACAGUGAAUAUGACCACAUCUUUAUGUAUGUGAUGAUUCGCGUCAAGACCCGUGAGACACGCCCACCUUGGGCGAUCUGGGUGAGCGGCGAGUUUGCGAGCGCGAGUGAGAGCGGGAGAGCCUGAGAGCAUGACGGCAGCGCCGUGAGCUUUUAUGAAUUGUAUCCUAUUUGAGUUCCAAGGGUUCCCGGUUAAUCAUGUCGCGGGCACGCCGACGCCGCGCGCGCACAAAACGCCUCUAGCAAUGUAUGGUCUAAAUAUGACAAGAGAUGAUGUAAGUCGUAA